GUUCGGAGAUCGUAGUUUGGUUAGGGUGAUCUUUCGUCUAAAAUCUUCAGGGAUUCAAGACGUUAAAGCAAGCCCUGAGGUACAGUCAUUUUAACGAAGCGGACCGCUGACCAACUAAUAUGACACGAACAACGCUACUGUUGUGCUUCACGUUAUUUGUGCUGACGCACGCGGCGCCCGAGCCGAGCAAACGCGGCUGUUGCGCUCCAGGCCCCGAAUGUGACAAUCCGUGCCCGGAUCAACAGGAUUCAGCCCCUGAUCCUCAGGAACAGGCUCCACCUAUGGCUGGAUACGCUCCCGCUGCUGAUGGCCAACAGUUCAUGCCUGGACCAGAAGAACAACAGCAGUUCAUGCCAGCACCAGACCAACAAGCUCCACAAAUGGAUCAGCCAAUGGAUCAACAGCAAAAUGACUGCUGCCAGCCUGGACCAACCUGCUUCAACCCCUGCGCCCCACCACCUCCUCCUCCUCCCAGUUUCUUCGCCCCUCCUCCACCCCCACCUGUAGCGGGUGCCUGUUGUCAGCCAGGUCCCACAUGCGACAAUCCUUGUGCAAUCCCCCCACCCAUGCCAGACAUGGGAAUGGCAGGAUGCUGUGACCCGUCCGUCAUGCCAAUGUGCGCAAACCCCUGUCCACCCCAGCAUCCUCCCAGAACUGCCUACGCACCCUACCCAGGUGAAAUUACAAUGAAACUCAAGCAGCCAUGGAAGUCAGAAUUCACCGAUCACGCUUCUGCUGCUUAUCAGAUCUUAGCGGGAAAUCUUGCCACUGCCAUUAAAACAGCUCUACGCAGAGAAGCCUUUGUCAACAAUAUCUAUUUCAGGGAAGGUUACGUGCCUGGAAACCCUUCAACUCAACCAAUCACAGUUGCGCAUUUUAUGGUGGACGGCGGAUCAGAUGAUGCAUCACUUCUUCAACAACAAGUAACUCCUGACGAGUCUCUUGGAGAUGGACUUAAAGUUUACAAGGACUCAUUCAAUGCGUACUAGAAAACUAACACUGACAAAAAGUUCACGCACGACUUGCAGGACAAACGACAGAAAGAACUACAGACCGUUAUGGUUGGGACACUACACUUCCUUGUACAUAGAGUCUAAAUCGACUGACACCUUUUUCUAGGUUUCAAAGUUUAUUUUGAUGUCGAUAUGUGGUGAAUGGUUAUUGGUUUUUUGCGCUGAUGGACGCGUGCAUAAUGGAGACAGUUCAUGCUCAAUACGUGCAGAGCAAUGUGAAUCGUGUAAACGCUACAGCAAGUAGUUUAAGCCACUUCAGUAUUGACGAGUGAACGGAGGGAUGGAUCUUAAUACGUUGUACAAAAGCAUCUUUACCUUCACAAGUAUAUGUUAUCGAUUAUUCGCGUCUUUGAUGAGAUAGAAAUUCAAUUCAGGUGUAGUAAUUGUGAAAACAAAUCGUUGCUAUAAAUUAAAUAUAAAAAUUCUUAACGAAAAGGAGACAAUAUUUGCGUAUUCAGGGAUUUCCAAUGACUACCUUUAUUUUAAUUUGACGCUAUAGAAAUUUAAAUCAUGGAAAAUUGUAUUUCAGAUUUGAUCGUGGCUUUGUAGACCAAACAUUUCUUCAAAGCGUGGGGACUUCGACCGUCUGACGGUCUCCUUUUCAAAUCAUGACCCAUCUUAAAAGUAUUUGCUACCGGAAAUGAUAAUUUUCCACUGAGCCGUGACUGAUUCGUGUAUGAAUAAAGUAUUAAGUUUAA